CCCGAAGAAUAUAAUUAGAAGGAGAAACGAUUCUUAUUUUUUUAUUGACCCGAAUCUUACUUGAACUCGGAUCAAGAAUUUUUCACCCAAUUUCUAGGGUUCCUCAUCAGCUCAGAGAAAUUUGAAGAAGAUUCAUCAUGAAGUUCCGAUCGAUGAAGCUGUCGAAGAAGAAAUUCAUGUGUUUUCAGCCAAGUUUCGACUCUUUCUCAGCUGCAACCGAAGCCUUCUCCGAAAACAACUGAUCUUCUUUCAGGUGACUCUUUUUCCGAUCUGUGUUUUCUUCAACCUUACUGUUUGGUGAUGGAUUACGAGUUACGCAGUAGAGUUGUAGAGAAAUCUCGGUGUGGUAGGUUUAUUAGAUACAGUGAUAUGUUAGGUGGAGGAGCUUAUAAAGAAGUGUACAUAGGGUAUGAUCGUGUUGAGGAAAUUGAAAUUGCUUGGAAUCAAAUUGUUCUUUUCGGAGUAAACGAAGGAUUAAAAUCCCCAGAAAAUUUGUUUGCUGAAGCUAUUCUGUUGAAGUCGUUAAAUCAUGAAAGGAUUAUGAAGUGUUUCUUUUAUUGGUUUGAUUCCAAGUCGAAAACUCUUAACAUGAUUACGGAGUUAUUCCCCUCGGGUAGCUUGAAAAAGCAUUUGUCGAAGUAUGAUGAUAAUGGUGUUGGUGUUGAUUUGGAAAGUUUCAGGAGUUGGGGAAGGCAGAUUCUUGAAGGUUUGAGUUUUCUCCAUAGCCAGAACCCUAAGAUCAUUCAUCGAGAUAUUAAGUGUGACAAUGUGUUUGUUGAUUGUGGUGGGAAGCAAGUUACUCUUGGAGAUUUUGGGUUGGCGGUUUGUCUUAUGGAUGGUAAUUUCGUGAAAGAGAAAGAGCCUAAAGGUACCCCUGAAUUCAUGGCUCCAGAGUGCUACGACGGAGAAUACAAUGAGCUGGUUGAUAUAUAUUCAUUCGGGAUGUGUCUUCUUGAGAUGGUUACUGGUGAAUAUCCGUAUAUAGAAUGUAGCAAUGGGAUCCAAAUAUUUAAGAAAGUGUACACUGGUGUAAAGCCUACAUCUCUCAGAAAGGUGAAGGACUCUAGAUUGAAAGAUAUUAUUGAGAAGUGUAUGCUUCCCAUGUCUAUUAGGCCAUCUGCGGAAGAGUUGCUGAAAGAUCCAUUCUUUUUAUACAACGGCGGAUCAUCACCAUUGGAAGCUUGUGCUCCUGCUUCCUGUUUUGUAAUUAGUCAUCCGCUCAGGGGAUUACAUUGUUGUGCGAGGGAUAUUAGGAAUUUGUAUUUGGUGUGACGAUCAUCACUAGGAUGAAUCACACGCAUUCUACUUGUUUUGGAUUGAGGUGUAAUUGAUUGAUUGAUUCUUUUUCAUACAUGAUAUCUUGGAAAAAAUUUAGAGUAGCCAGGAGCCUUUUCUUUUUCAGAAUUUGUUGUUGAAUGUUACAAUUUUGUUGACUUGGCUAUUGAGAAAGCAAAUAUAUCAUCUUGA